AUGGCAUCGCCAGCAUCCCUCCCUGCCUCAACCGGGUCGCUUCGGGACAGGCAGGACAUUCAGGACGCCUUCCAGAACGCCGCACAGCUCCAGCAAGCUCAGCAGGAGCGUAUCGCCCAGCUCGAGCUCGAGGUGCAACGUCUCAAGCAGCAGUCCGCUGGCGUCGGCUCGGCAUCGCCCGAGGUCCCCCUUCCAGCGUCUGCUCAGCCCACCGCUGCCACAUCCACCACGGCUGCCGACAUCGGCCUCCACCCUUCGGAAGGUACACGUUUGCACGAAGUUCUGAAGCGCCUCGCCCCUCUCCUCGCAACGUUUCGCGGAGCCGAUAAGCCCAGCUUGAGCCCGGCGCCGGCGACCGAAGAGCCGGUCAUCCAGACAGCCUUGCUCGAUUGCGGCUCCAAGAAGCGAUACAUCAACCGCCCACCCACACCCACUUGUCCCUGCUGGAUCCAGGUCGUUGGGCGAAUCUCGUCUGGCAGCAUAGAGGAGCCGUUCGUCCAACAGGUGAGGACUCAUGAGUGGCUUGCGGACGAAAAGAACACUGGCGCAAGAGACUGUCGUGUUAAGACCCUUCCGCACUCAAUCUUUGACCUGUUCAAGGUGACUGCCCGAGCCGUCAACGCCAUCAAGGCAGCGGCGAGCCCGCUCAAGAGGUACCUGGGGAUCGACGACAAUUCUCUCGAAGCUGCCUUGGGACAGCUUGAGAUCCAAAUCAGAUCCAGGCCCGCCGCAACACGAGCGGGCAUCCGCAUUGUCGCCAUCUGCAGUUAUUCUGGCUGGACGGUGACGCCCGAGAUAUGGCAGAAGGAGCUCGCGAACGUUCCGGGCAACAGUGACCUCGUUUUCUUGUUUUUCGACAAGUCGAACAAGAUACAGCUGCGCUCGCACGACGAGCUGCGGCGACUGUUUCAAAGACCCAAUGCCUCAUACAACCAGCUCGGUCCGACUCAAUCGGAGCACGCCUACGCCCACAUCUUUAGGGCUCUGGACGGUCGAGUCCUUCUCAAGCUCGCGAAAAGGACCUCUGGCUCGCUCUCCGAAGGAAGCGGCCGGAACGGAUUCCAAAAUCAUCUCCCAUUCGGCAGCCACGCCGAAUGGUCUGAUGACUUCGAGCGCAUCGAGGCGCCGGCGCUACCAGCCGACGCCCCUACAACGCUGGCUGCAGGGACUCGCAGCCGUCUGCGCAACCCGGAACAGCGCCCAACCGACGGCAAGACGUGUCCCGAAUGCUCGGAGCAGGUCUGCGAGGCACCCGACCCCGAGGCCAUCGCGCGCUGUAUACGAAAGCAUCAAGAGGCCAGUGAGCUUGUGGGGUGCCCUUGGGAUCCCAGGUGCAACAAGAAAAGGCGAGCCGGCCUGGCGGCUAGCCUCGUCCUUCUGGCUGAGCACGUGGUGGCCCACUCGGAGGGUCAGAGGGUCCACUCCUCCGGAACGCUCAACAAGCUCGCCUCGAGGGCCAAGGAGCGAGCCAAGAAGCCUCGAGUCGCGAGAGCUCAGAGACGCAGUCGGCAGGGCAAAGCUUCCACCUCUUCAGCUUGCUACGACGAGGACGACCAGGACGACCAGGACCACGAGGACGACGAGGACGACGAGGACGACGAGGACGACGAGGACGACGAGGACGACGAGGACGACGAGGACGACGAGGACGACGAGGACGACGAGGACGACGAGGACGACGAGGACGACGAGGACGACGAGGACGACGAGGAGGAGGAUGAGGAAUAG